UCUGUGUAUCUGGGUUUGGUUUGACUGAGCACCUUAUCCCAAAUUCAUAUCCCCCUCUCUCAAUUCCUCUGUGAGAAAGACACACAGCCUUUGAAUUGUACUUGAAAUUUUUUUCCUCACAAAACCCACAAUGCCACCACCAGCCACUCUCUCAGCUUCAUCUUCCUUCACUCUCCUCUCUCCAUCUCCCUCCCCAAAACCAAAGUUCCCUUCUUUCUUCCCCAAAAGACACUCCUUCGCAAUCAACCCACGUCACCAUUCCCUCCACUCAGUUCCCUCCUCCACCGUCCGAUGCGCCGUCAUCGAGAAAGAAACCCCGGAGGCCCAGCGGCCCGACACCUUCCUCCGCGCCAACUCCUCGUCGUCCUCCGUGCGGGCCCGCUUCGAGAAGAUGAUAAGAGAAGCCCAAGACACCGUCUGCGCCGCCAUUGAGGCCGCGGACGGCGGUGCCACCUUUAAAGAGGACGUGUGGUCGAGGCCCGGUGGCGGUGGAGGCAUCAGCAGGGUCCUCCAAGACGGCGCCGUUUGGGAGAAGGCCGGUGUCAAUGUCUCUGUUGUCUACGGCGUUAUGCCUCCCGAGGCAUACCGAGCUGCCAAGGGCGCCGCCGCAGCUGAUCACAAGCCGGGCCCGGUUCCUUUCUUCGCCUCCGGAAUUAGCUCGGUUUUGCAUCCAAAGAACCCUUUUGCACCUACUUUGCAUUUCAAUUAUCGGUAUUUCGAAACGGAUGCCCCGCAAGAUGUUCCUGGAGCACCUAGGCAAUGGUGGUUCGGUGGCGGAACUGACUUGACACCUGCUUAUAUUUUUGAGGAGGAUGUUAAGCAUUUUCAUCAAGUCCAGAAAAGUGCUUGCGACAAAUUUGAUCCUACCUUCUAUCCUCGGUUCAAGAAAUGGUGUGAUGAUUAUUUCUAUAUUAAGCAUCGAGAUGAGAGGCGAGGGCUUGGAGGAAUAUUUUUUGAUGAUCUAAAUGACUAUGAUCAGGAUAUGCUUCUUUCCUUUGCCACUGAAUGUGCAAAUUCUGUGGUCCCUGCUUACAUACCAAUUAUAGAGAAAAGGAAGGAUCUACCAUUUACAGAUCAGCAAAAGGCAUGGCAGCAAUUGCGAAGAGGGCGCUAUGUUGAAUUCAAUUUGGUUUAUGAUCGUGGAACAACUUUUGGACUAAAGACGGGAGGUCGAAUUGAGAGUAUUCUUGUCUCUCUUCCACUGACUGCUCGGUGGGAAUAUGACCAUAAACCAGAAGAGGGAAGUGAAGAAUGGAAACUGUUAGAUGCUUGCAUCAACCCAAAGGAGUGGGUAUAAUGUUCUAAAUGUAUGUUUGUAUCAUUUUGAGAUUUUUACUUUUUUUUCCCCACUCCUCGUCUUUCUUCUAUCAUCUUCCCUUCAAUUUUUUUUCUUCAAUAGUUGAGGCUUAGAAGUUAGCAGUCGAUAUCUUGUUGAAAAGUAAUCCAAUACAUGUUGAAGGUGAUGUGAGUUGUGAAUCAUGUUAGAAUUGUCAUCUUUUGUAAGACUGGAAACUCUUCUUGCCCAAUGAAUCUGUAGUCGAUUAAGAUUUCCCAA